AUGUUCCAGCCUCAACCCACACCUUUCGCCUCCUCCAGCUUCGCGUCCUAUGGCCUAGCUUCAGACCUGGACUUUGGCUUUCCCGUGUCUGCUGGAGGUGGAGGUGCUGGCUUCUACAACAACCCGCCGCCGCCUGCUCCAUCAUCACAACUUCCCCAGUCGUCGCAUGCACUCCAAUCGCAAACACAGCAACCGCGCCUUGUUCAGCAGCAGCAGCAGCAGCAACAACAAAUUCCUCGACAGCAACAACUCCUCUCUUCUUCUUCUUCCCCCACUGCAACCGCGCCAUCCGUAUCCUCGCCCUAUUCCUCUUCACAAAACUCCACCUCCAACGAAGCUUCUUCCUCGCCAACUCUAGCGCAAGCGCCGCAAAGUCACCGUCAUCAACAGCAGCAGCUUGACAUUCUACAGCAGACGCAGUACGCUGCACAACCUCCUGUCGUGCUCAAGAUGGAGGAUCAAGGCCAACACGAUAUGGCCGCGCAGCAGGCUGCUGCAGAGGAUUAUCAGCCUGUUCUUGAGGGUCUCGCAGUAGGGAACAAAGUCUCGAGCGAUAUCAUCACCCACGAGUAUGCCAAAGCCGAUCCCGUCUAUGUCGAAAAGACAAUCUCUCUCCCCCAAACCUACUCACACUUCCGCCCCAUUCAAGGCGAUGGCAACUGUGGAUGGCGAGCAAUUGGCUUCAGCUACUUCGAGAAACUCGUUGAGUCGGGGGACCAGGCCAAGAUCGAGGGCGAGGUGGCACGUCUUAUGAGCAUGAACCAUUUGCUGGGCUCUGUUGGUGGCUAUCCAUUCUACGACGACUGGUCAGAUGAGAUGUUUGACUUUUUGCGCGAAGUCGCUCAGAAUGUCGCCAACCCUCAGUAUGCGCACUCAUUGAUCCAAGCCAAGUGGAACGACCCUGUUGUGUCGAGUAACAUCAUUUACUACCUUCGUCUACUUACAGCGACUUACCUCAAGCUCAAUGCUGCCAAGUUCAAUCCUUUCGUUUCGGAUGCAGGUGGUGUUGAAGCCCACUGCCGGCAAGUCGUCGAGAUCCCUAACCGCGAGAUCGAGCACCUUGGCGUGUCCGCCUUGGCCGAAGUCCUCCUCAGACCAGCCAACUUUGUACUUGAGAUUGCCUACCUCGACCGUAGUGCAGGUACUCAUGUCAACCAGUACCGAGUGCCCGAUGAGCUUAACACGCAAGACGCCAGCACACUCGGCCCCAGCAUCUAUCUGCUCUACCGACCCGACCACUACGACAUCCUGUACAAAGCACCCACCAUGCAGGUGCUUCGUGUCAGCGGCUUCACCCACAACACUAACAUCACGACCGAACAAGCGGAUCUCGGACAGUAUUCGACCAUGAACUUUGAUGCGUUGUCUAUCAUCCCGGGCUUCAGUAACACAAUGGGAGGGCUUGCGCAGCUCGCACCACCUCCAGCCAGUUCGGCCCCAGAACAAUUCUCGCCUGUGCAACAGAGCCCAUGGAUGUCAUCUUUCCCCGAGCCUUUGCCUGCUACGACACCGAGAGUAGCGCCACCGCAGCCACCACCCAUCAUGGCAUCUCCUCAGCCCCCAACCCCACCGGCCUCGAUAUCGGGAAGUUCUGCGAUUGCGCCCAGUCCCGCGAUGCUACCUGCGCCUGGUCCAGGACCUCAGAAUUCGCUCCCCAUGCGAGGCGCUUCGAGCUAUCACAUCCGAUUCAGUCCUGUUCAGCUCGACUACGACGAGGGCAAGAACAAUUUCCCGGAAUCGACGUACCAAGUGACGACCAACACGUUUAAGAACAGUAUUUGGAACCGAGCUCACUACUGCAACCCCAACUUUCACCCCGAGGAGUGGAAUCCCGACGACGAGCACACGGACGGGAGAGUUGGGAAUAAACGAAAGCCAAAGAAGGAAGCCGCCUAG